UCAAUCAGUCAGUGAGUCAUUACGGGGACAGUAUGGAGUUCAGGUCUCUCUCUGUGAUACUCUUGCUGACUGUCCUCAUCCACAGUGGACAAACAGAGAGACCAAAACCUGCGGUGUCCAUACAGCCUGAUGAUCAGGUGUUUAUAGGAGAGACUGUCACUCUCAGAUGUGACAUACAGGGAGGAGGAGUCUCUAACUGGCAGUACAGCUGGUUUAAAGCUGGUUCAUCCACUGCUGUCAGUAAUGAACAGCAGUACAAUAUCAGCUCUGUUACAGCGUCUGACGGAGGAACAUACACCUGUAGAGGAACAAAGAGAGGAACAUCACGCUACUCACACACCAGUGAUGCUGUUACACUGACUGUAUCAGAUCUACCCAAACCUACACUGACUGUAGAACCAGAGAGACCUGUGUUCAGUGGAGAGUCAGUCACUCUGAAGUGUGAGAUUAAAGAUUAUGAUGGAUGGACGUAUCAGUGGUAUAAACAGGAUAAACAGAGUGGAUGGACUGCAGUGUCUCAGUCUGAUUAUCACACUGUAGACGGAGACACUCUCACCAUCAGAGGAGACACUGUGAUUAAUGGAGAUCAGUAUCUGUGUAGAGGAGAGAGACAUGACAGACCAACAUCAGAGUACAGUAACUCUGUUACUCUCACUGUAGAGGCUUUACCUCCUGCUGAACUCACUGUAGAGCCCAAACAGAGCCCUGUGUUCAGUGGAGAGUCAGUCACUCUGAAGUGUAAGAUUAAAGGUUAUGAUGGAUGGACGUAUCGGUGGUAUAAACACGAUAAACAGAGUGAACUGACUGCAGUGUCUCAGUCUGAGCAUCACACUGUAAACGGAGACACUCUCACCAUCAGAGCAGACACUGUGAUUAAUGGAGAGCAGUACUGGUGUAGAGGAGAGAGACGUGACAGACCAACAUCAUCACAGUACAGUUCCUCUGUUACUCUCACUGUAAACGCUUUACCCACAGCUAAACUGACUGAGCCCAGAUGGAGCCCUGUGUUCACUGGAGAGUCAGUGACUCUGAAGUGUGAGAUACAGUCUCACAGUAACUGGAGAUAUCAGUGGUAUAAAGGCAGCAGUGGAACUGCAGUCAGUCAGUCUCAGACAAACACCUUCACCAUCAGAUCAGCAGCAGAUCAGGAUCAGGAUCAGUACUGGUGUAGAGGAGAGAGAGAUGACAGACCCUCAUCAUCACAACUCAGCAACACUGUUACUCUCAGAGUGAAAGAGAGACCAAAAGCUGUGGUGUCCAUACAGCCUGGUGAUCAGGUGUUUAUAGGAGAGACUGUCACUCUCACAUGUGACAUACAGGGAGGAGGAGUCUCUAAAUGGCAGUACAGCUGGUUUAAAGAUGAUCCAAACAGACGUGUCAGUAAUGAACAGCAGUACAGUAUCAGCUCUGUUACAGAGUCUCACAGAGGAAAAUACACCUGUAGAGGAACAGAGAGAGGAACAUCACGCUACUCACACACCAGUGAUGCUGUUACACUGACUGUAUCAGAGAGACCAAAACCUGCGGUGUCCAUACAGCCUGAUGAUCAGGUGUUCAGUGGAGAGACUGUCACUCUCACAUGUGACAUACAGGGAGGAGGAGUCUCUAACUGGCAGUACAGCUGGUUUAAAGCUGGUUCAUCCACUGCUGUCAGUUAUAAACAGCAGUACAGUAUCAGCUCUGUUACAGCGUCUGACGGAGGAACAUACACCUGUAGAGGAACAGAGAGAGGAACAUCACGCUACUCACACACCAGUGAUGCCGCUACACUGACUGUAUCAGGAAAACCCACACCGACUGUGAAGGUGGAUCCUCAGAGCUCUGUCUACACUGGAGACACUGUUACUCUGACCUGUGAGGUGGAGUCUACUGGAUGGGAGUUUCUCUGGUACAAAGACUCUCAGCAAUUACAGCCUCAGAGUCCUGCAGAUAAAGAGACCAACACAGUCAGAGUAACAGUGUCUGACGAAGGAACAGCAGAGUUUAAAUGUGCAGCACGCAGGAAAAACUACUUCUACGAUGGCAGUUACCAGCACUAUGACGGCUACGACUACGACUACAGUAAGAAACGCAAUGUCUACUACAACGUCUACAACACACAUCGCAGUGCUCCAGUCGUGAUCACAGUUACAGCGAGACCAAAAGCUACAGUGACAAUACACCCAGCUGAUCCUGUGUUCAUCGGAGAGACAGUCACUCUCACGUGUGAUAUAGGAAGUGGACAUCAUUGGCAGUAUGACUGGGUUAAGAAUAGUAAACCUCUCAGUGAAGCUCAACAGAGGAAGGAAUACACCAUUUCUAAAGUUGCUGCGUCUCAUAGAGGAGUUUAUACCUGUAAAGGAAGACAGUCAACACAGCCGCGUUACUCAGAGACCAGUGAUGCUGUUACGCUGACUGUACCAGCAGAAAAACCUAAACCUGAACUCACAUCAAGCCAUAAAGGAGCUGCACUGAUAGGAAAUCCAGUGGUUCUGUCCUGUAAGCUGGAUCAGUCUGCUGGAUGGAGGUUUUACUGGUCCAAACACACACAGAGCCCUGAGAAUGAGACCAAGACUGAAACACACUCCUACACCAUCAGCUCGGUCAGUGUCUCUGAUGGAGGACAGUACUGGUGCAGAGCUGGGAGAGGAACCCCAGUCUACUACACUCACUACAGUGAUGCUCUCUGGAUAAACGUCACUGGUACGACUCGUUCAGUCUCUCUGACAGUCAGUCCCAGUAGAGCCCAACAUUUUAGUGCUGGCUCUCUCUCACUGAGCUGUGAGGGUCAGAGUGACUCUACUGGAUGGAGAGUGAGACGAUACACACACAGUGAGAAGGUGUCAGAUUGUUCAUCAGGCCUGGGAUCAGUUACAGGAUCUACAUGCAACAUCAGCUCCCUCAGCACAUCCCACACUGGAGUGUAUGGGUGUGAGUCUGAAUCUGGAGAGAGCAGCAAUCCUGUCAACAUCACAGUGACCAAUGGUUCUGUGAUUCUGGACAGUCCUGUCCAUCCUGUGACUGAGGGAGAUCCUCUGACUCUGCGCUGUUUAUAUCGUGACCCAAAGCCCUCAAACCUCACAGCUGAGUUCUAUAAGAAUGGAUCACUCCUCCAGACUCAGACUACAGGAGAGAUGACCAUCCGUACUGUCUCAAAGUCAGAUGAAGGUCUCUACCACUGUAAACACCCAGAGAGAGGAGAGUCUCCACAGAGCUGGAUCUCAGUCAGAGGUUCUAUAAGUGUAAUAUUAGCCGUGUCAGUGGUACUGAGUUUAGUCCUGAUCCUCAUCAUCAUACUGGGUCUGUUUUGGUGCUACAAGAAGAAGAAAGGAGAUCAGCAGAACACCAAUCAGACACCAGACCAGAGUCAGAGUCCAGGAUCCACACAGCUGCAGAUGGAUUCUGGACCUGAACCUGGUGAUGUGACUUAUGCUCAAAUUGAUCUGAAAGACAAGAAGAAGCCAAAGAAAACUCAGGACAAGCUGCUUGAGGAUGAUUCUGCUGCCGGCUCCGGAGAUCUAACUUAUGCUCAAGUUAAAACCAAGAAAAAGAAAUCCAGAGGAAAAGCGACACCAUCAGAUGAGGUGACGUAUUCCCAGAUUGCAAUGAAAAGUCUUAAACAGGACAGCAAAGAUUCUGGACCUGAACCAGGUGAUGUGACUUAUGCUCAAAUUGAUCUGAAAGAGAAGAAGAAGCCAAAGAAAACUCAGAACAAGCUGCGUGGGGGGAAGAGCAGGGAGGAAGCUGAUACUGUCUACUCAGAGCUGAAGAACUGAGUAACAAAGGGAAGAUGAGCUCAAACAGGUCCAUGAAGGAAGCUUGUGUGCCUUAAAUCCUCAAAAAGGAGUCCCUGAAAAGAGACACAGCUGUCCAGAUGUGUCCUCUGAGUUCUCUCGUAGUGAGAAUGGUAGAUGUGUGUAUUAGAGAGUGUGAUGCUGUUGUAAAGCCAGUUUUACUGCACUAUUCAAAACUAGUCAUUUACAGUGACGCCUGAUUGGAGAUUUAAAGGUGCAGACAGAAGAUGCAGGACGUGACCUUCAAAACAUUUUAUGUUCAUUUUAACAUUUUAAAGUUCUAUUUUCUUUCAGACGUUUCUGUAAAUAUUGUGUUACAGGAAAAACGUCUUAGUUACUCGUUUGUUGACUGUAACUCAUUUAUGAAAAUUCGACUUCAAACUUUAAGAAUAUUCAGCAGUGAAUUCAGGUUUUUUGAAUAGUCAGUGAGAUUAACAUGCCUUAGUGUGUUAGAUGAUCUUUGGCUGUUUGAGUGAUGACAGUUUAUUUUGUUAUUUUCUACAGUAUGAGGUCUAAUUUCUUACCCAUGAUAAAUAUUAUUAUAGUGAUAACCUCACUGUAAACUAACAUGGUUGUAUACAUACUGUGUGAAAGCUUUUAACAUUGCUAAACUUUUUUAUGUAA